CCGGUCAGGGACCAGGGCGUCGCGUGACGUCACGAGACGUCGACGGUAACCGCGAUGUGCGCCGUCGCCGACGAAACAUGGACGGUUAUCAAUAGUCCAAGCUCUCCCAAAUAAUUUCGACCAAAUAAUUAUAUUAAAAAAAUGAUACGUAUUUAAAACUUGAUUAAACAAACAAACAAACGAUUCAAUAGUAAAUAAACGUUAAUAAUAAUAAAUACAAAAUUAGUGCCUUGUGCAGAUUGGCGGAAUAUAAUCUUUAUUCAAUAUUGAAUUGGAACAAAUUUAAGCAUCGUUGCAGGAAAAUGGGUUCGAUAGUGCUGAAGUCCUUAUCCGUGCUUUUGGGAAUAUUCUUUGUAUUCGUCGGUACAAUGAAACUGACGUCGCACAUUAGUAAAGAUCUCCACAAAGAUCUGAGGAAGGAGUACGUCAAGUAUGCCAAGGUUUUUCCCUUAUCGGAGACGCUCGACUUCAAAGUACCCAGUAAAUGGUACCGAAGGGUUGUCGGGUCUCUUGAAAUCGUCUGCGGUCUGGCCAUGGCGUUGGUUCCUAGCCACAACGUGAAAAACGCCUCAAACUUCGUACUCUUACUCCUUAUGCUCAUGGCCGUUUAUUCCCACUACAUGGUCAACGAUAAAUUCGAGCGAAUCGCACCGGCACUGGUAUUUUUCUUCAUGCUAACCGGUCGAUUGGUUAUCGAUUGGCAAUUGAGACGUCAAGACGGUCAGCCUAUCACCGCAAAUGGGAUUGACGACAGAUCUAAAAAGCAAGACUGAACUAACUCGCAAAAUAUGCGCAGAAAUUUUUUCUUACACAAAAUUAUAAGUAGCUCGAUGACAGCUACGAUCAAAUCGCUGUUGCACACAGCACUCGAUUUUUAUUCUCAGCAUUUUUCGUUUGUUUGUUUUCUAGAUAUUACUUUUUAUCUAGGCAAUCAUUUACUUUUAAAUUAUUUUAAACUUCGAAGCGCAGAAAAUAUCAUCCAACGUCAUUAUAAGUAUUUGUAAUUACAUCAAAUUCAUUCAUUUUUGAUUUUUAAAUAAAAACGCACACCACCAUCACCACCUGCAAUCAUCUAUUUCACAGAUUACCGCUUAAUGUAUAUAUAAGGUGCAUACAAGAUCACACAUCAUUUUUUUAAAGUCCUCCCUUGAUUCUGCAACGAAAAGAGGAAGACCGAUAUAAUUCUUGCGCGAUGUGUAAAAUACCUUCAUGAGUAACAGCCGAUUUUAAAAGUUGCAUCUAUUAAUAUCCACUGUUGACAUUGCAAGACAAAAUUCAUGUAAGAAUUACGCACGCGCUGGAAAUCGUUGAAUCGAUUGAAUCUAAAAAUAUUACGCAAUUUAAAGACAUCCAAUAAUUUGUCAUGGUUAAUAAAUAAUACAGCUUCCCAACCAUACUGUAUUUCGUUUUAAAACUGACAUGAGACCAGUAAAGAAAAAUUUCUAACGCUGCAUCUCUGUUAUACUGAGCUGCUUUACACGAGAAUGCUAUGCCAGAACACAUCUCUAUUUCCAUAUCAAAUCCACUCUUUUGCGAUAAAAACUAUUAAUAGACAAUUCUUGAGUUUGCUUCAUCUUUGCUGUUUAUGAAAUACUGAUUGAAAAGAAAUUCUCCACAGUUCGCAUUUUAUUAGGAGUCCCUUGAGCCAAAUUCAUCGAGCAAGUUUCGCUUAUGCACUCCUCAUAUGCUUAAUCCUUUAAUUAAUUUAAACUUACAAUUAAAGAUACUUUUGUGUACAACCUGACGACGACAUAUACUUAUGAUUAAAUUAAAUCUUGAUAAUGUUGUAUAUACGCUUAAAGUUUUUGGUAUUAAACUUUUAAGUUGCUACGUUAAAUUUAAUGCCGUAACAACUUCAUCGGCCUUUUUCUAUCUAAAUCGAGCUUGAUUAAUCGCAGCUCUUCUGGCAGACGCUAGCGCAUAUAAUUUGAACUUUGGGCAAGAGAUCGUCUUAGAUGCACACUAUAGUUAUAAUAAAAACGUACUAACUGCCAUUGAAAAAUUAAUGUGUUCUCACGAAUAUCAUAAUAAUAUAAAUAUUUAGUAAAUAUUAUACUACACUGACGAAAAUUUGAUAUGCAAAAAACGUAAUAAUGCGCACCAUUCUAUCACCAUCGACUAUCCCGUAGUCGUGAAAACACAUGUAAAAAUACUUAGUCGAUAAAGAAACUAAUUUAAUGCUGUACGUGACGUACAAGAUAGGAAUGUUAAUUUCUCAAUUUAGACGUGAUUUAGAUAAGAACGUAUAUUACGUGUAGAUGCAUCGGUGAAACAUCAGAUAAUACGCAAGAAUUGGAAAUUGGAAUAACCCAGUAUUCCAUAACCGUAGGCAGCUGCAAUGAAACACUAAAUGCCUUUGUAAAAUGAUCCACUGAAUCAUCUGACACGUAUUUGAUGCACUUAAUAUUUGAACAAGCUUAUUGUUAGUAUGUAUUUUUUGUUCAGGUUUUAAUAGAGUUAAUCGAAUUUAUUAACAAAGCCCAAUGUGAUACAUGUAUGCCUCUGAGUUAACCACCAUAUGACAGUAGACCGAAAACAAAAGUAUAUAUACAUAUACAUACAU